UGACCUGGGAGUUUGCAGUAUGGCAGCCGGGGAAGCUGAGGUUGCUCGUAUAGAGCGCUCCUAAAAAUCCUAGUUGCUUUAUCGAGCCACGGUUUUGUAAUAGCUGUUGUCGGUUUCAUCCGAAAUGUACGUAAUAAGUGAAGGGUCUGUACACUGUUAUACGCAUGUACUGCUGCGAGGAGGGUGUAAUAUUCGGAAAUAGUGUCUGAGAAAAAGACAUUAGGCGACAUUUAUUGUCUGCUUUCCUCCGUAGUGAUCUCCCUGUUCCAGACAUACAACCGCAAGCAGGAAAAAUGGCAUCACGACUGGUACUAUCUGCUGUAAUAUUCAUCACCUGCAUGGUGUGCUACUACAACAGCCUGCAGUGCGGCUUCGUGUUUGAUGACAUCAGCGCCAUCAAAGACAACAGAGAUCUUAGACCUCAUAUGCCACUGAAGAACAUCUUUUUCAACGAUUUCUGGGGAACUGCUAUUCAUAAAGAGCAGAGCCACAAGUCAUAUCGGCCUUUAUGUAUUCUGACAUUUCGCUGGAAUUACUCCCUGCAUCAGUUGGAGCCUAUGGGUUAUCACUUAGUGAAUAUGAUGUUACAUGGCAUUGUAUGCCUCAUGUAUUUCAGAAUGUGCUCCAUGUUUCUGUCAGAAAUCUCAAGUUUUAUAGCAUCAAUGCUGUUUGCCGUCCAUCCAAUCCAUACUGAAGCUGUAACAGGUGUGGUUGGGAGAGCUGAAACAUUGUCCUCCGUGUUUUUCCUUGCAGCCUUCAUCUUGUACACCAAAUCUACGAAGAGAAAACAUGUCACAGGCUGGCGGCAUCUGGUCUUGUCCAUGAUCUCAGUUGCCACGGCAAUGCUGUGUAAGGAGCAAGGGAUCACAGUCACGGGUAUUUGUGCUAUUUAUGAGCUGAUAGUUGCUCAGAAGCUUCGUCUGAGUGACUUGCCCUACAUGUUACGGUCAACAGUGAGUAGGAAGGAGUCCUCACAUCCAUCUUGGACAUCGGAUGCAACCAAGCGGCUUGGUGUUCUAGGAGCAACGACUCUUUGUCUUCUUAUGAUGAGGUUACAGAUCAUGGGUUCAAAGUUACCUGUAUUCACAAGGUUUGACAAUCCAGCAUCAGUAGCACCAACACCUAGUCGACAGUUGUCAUAUAACUACUUAAUUAGUGUUAACUUGUGGCUCCUCCUUUUUCCUUGUGAUCUAUGCUGUGACUGGACAAUGGGAACUGUGCCGCUGGUCGAAUCAUUUAUUGACACACGGAAUAUAGCAACAUUUCUGUCGUAUGCCAUUCUCUUACUUCUGACAUAUAUGGCUGUUGUUACAGAGAACAGGCAACAAGCAACAGUUAUUAUCAUGAGUCUCGUAUUCCUGAUACUACCAUUUUUGCCAGCCUCCAACUUGUUCUUCCCAGUGGGCUUUGUAGUUGCAGAAAGGAUUCUUUAUAUCCCUUCCAUGGGUUUGUGCAUGCUAGUUGCCUAUGGUUGGAGCCUUAUGGCUCAGAAGAGGUUUAAGAAAUUAGCAUGGCUUUCAGUAGGCUUCCUACUGUUAAUCCAUGGUUGUAAGACUUACACACGCAACUUUGACUGGGAGUCUGAGUACACUAUCUUCAUGGCAGGACUGAAAGUGAAUCAUCGCAAUGCAAAACUCUUCAAUAAUGUUGGCCAUGCCCUUGAAAGUCAGGGACGCUUUCAGGAGGCAUUACAGUACUUCCAGAAAGCUAUCAGUGUUCAGGAAGAUGAUAUUGGAGCACACAUCAACGUUGGUCGAACACUCAACCACUUAAAAAUGUUUAAAGAGGCUGAAGAGGCAUAUCUUAAGGCAAAAUCACUGCUUCCAAAAGCGAAACCAGGCGAGUCUUACCAAGCCCGCAUUGCUCCCAAUCACUUGAACGUGUUCCUCAACCUGGCAAAUCUGAUUGCCCGUAAUGAAACACGACUAGAGGAAGCCGACAUGCUGUAUCGACAAGCUAUCAGCAUGCGUGCUGACUACACCCAGGCCUACAUUAACCGAGGAGACAUUCUGCUAAAAUUGAACCGUACCAAGGAGGCUCAGGAGGUCUACGAGAGAGCACUUUUCUAUGACAGUAACAAUCCUGACAUAUAUUAUAAUUUAGGUGUGGUUUUCUUGGAGCAAGGGAAAGCUUCACAGGCUCUUGCCUACUUGGAUAAAGCACUUGAAUUUGAUCCAGAACAUGAACAAGCCUUACUGAAUUCUGCCAUACUACUGCAAGAAUUGGGACGUGCAGAACUUCGUAAAGUGGCCAGAGAAAGACUGCUAAAACUGCUGAGGAAGGAUGCAACCAAUGAGAGAGUUCACUUCAACUUGGGUAUGUUGGCAAUGGAUGACCAGGAUAUUGCAGGGGCAGAACACUGGUUUAGACGUGCAAUUCAAAUGAAAGAAGACUUCCGUAGUGCCCUGUUCAACUUAGCACUGCUACUGGCAGAUGAUCAUCGUCCACUGGAAGCAGCUCCAUUUCUAAAUCAAUUGGUCAAACUCCACCCUGACCAUGUCAAGGGACUAAUUUUACUUGGCGACAUCUACAUAAACAACAUUAAAGAUCUGGAUGCAGCUGAGAAUUGCUACAAGCGUAUUCUACAACUUGACCCUGAAAAUAUUCAGGGCCUGCAUAACCUCUGUGUGGUUUAUGUGGAGAGAGGAAACCUAUUGCGAGCCGAAGCAUGCCUGACUCAUGCUUACAGACUUGCUCCAAAUGAAGAAUAUGUCCUGAGACAUCUCAACGUUGUGCGGUCACGCAUUAGCAAACUUCAGAUUUCUCGUUCAUCAGAAGAGGGAAAGGAAUUUGAAGAUUUUGGAGAUGCACAUGACUUUCAGCACUAUGAAGAGAAUUUUGAUGAUAAUAAUUUGGGAGGGGACUUUGAUGAUGAAUUUGGUGCAGAUCUUCAGGGACCUGAAGAGUUUGGAGGAGAUGUACAUAGCCAUAACCAUAAAGCAUCUCUCAGGAAAACAUAUUUUGUAGAAAAAGAUGAAGAUUCUGAUGUUGUGGAUGAACAAGCUUUGCCAUUCACUGACAGAUUACACAAGCAGAAACCAUCUGAGACAAGAUUUACAGGUACUCUACAAGCAUCAUCUGUACAGAGUGAUUAUACUAAAGAAAGUAACACAGUCCCUACAAGAGAAGAUAUCCCUGAACAUCAGUUCUCUAAACCUCAAGAAAUUCAACAUUCAUCUACCAAGCCACAGCAGACAAACAUCAAAAACAAAUUACACCCCACUUCAAGAGAUCCGGUCUUUUCAAAUAGUCCUUCCAAUGGAGUGGGCAAAAAACAUGAGGAGAAAUCUACAGAGACUAUUUUUGCAGACAGUCUGAAGACAAAAAGCCAAAGGAAAACUUUAAAAAAUCAUCAAGAACUGAACAAACACUCAACAUCUUAGCACUCAUAAGUUUGUACUGCAGAGUUCAGUAAGACUUACAUUUAUAUUUUAGUGAGUUGAUGCAACUAAAGCAUGGGUGUUUCUACUAUAUGUAGAUCAAGAGGGAGAGUUUCUAUACAAUCAGCUGACACCAACAGAAUCUGAAAAUGUUCCAUUUCAGUACCACAAUAAGUGUGCUGGGCAAAACUUCUUUUUGUUCUGGUUUAUGGGAGGUACAGUGUUCUUAAUGCACAAACAUUGCAUUUGUGCUUUUAAACACGAAUCCAUUAUAUAAAUUACAUAAUUCUUCUUUUUUCUUUUCAAGCAUUACAUCUAUGAAGUAUCUUCUUUUAAAUGCUGUUUAUUGAUAUUUAAACUGAUGUUAAAGGAGCAUUAAACAGAUAUGUAGUAUGCGAGAUAACAAAUAAGUUAUUUUCUUGACAUAAAAAUAAAUUAUUGUGCUACUGGAAUUGUCGGUCCAAAAAUGUUACUCUUUUGGCAGCUGUGUAAUUUUGAAUGGUAAAGGCAAAAAAAAAAAUCUCUAAGUAAGAGGUUCUGUUCCUUUUGGAAUCUCGCCUCUCACUACCACCUCCCUGUUCUCUGGUAUGAUGUAUGUACAAACUCAUUUUGAAUAUUCUAGACAUGAUUUAAAUGGGGCACAUACGGAACUGUACAGGUCACCAUUACUUUAUUCCUGUAUAAGGAAUUCUGUUGUUCUCCGCUGAUUGUAUGAAUUCUACUGUGUUAUUAAUUGUUUACCUUCUCUGCCAAGUCUUGAGUGUGGCAUUUUAAUGAACAUUCUUUCUGCCACAUAUUCCAGUAACAGCAGUUUAUCUUUCUUUUGUUGUUGGUUUUUUUUUCUGUUGUUUUAAGAUUUUAAGCCACACAAAUACAAGAUAUUCUAACAGUGUUCUAGCUGUAGUUUAGGUGGAUGGGGUUGUCCAGCAGUGAUGUCAAUUUUUGUGGGGUUGGGGUGUUCAUAUGUCCUGUCUGUGGCAUCCCUUCUUUAUUUGUGGCAGCUACAAAAUAUCUUUAAAUAAUUAUACUUUCAGAAGUAUAGCAACAGGGUUUGCUCCCCUAGCCCACAAAAAUAAAUAGAUGUAAUAUUCUGUGAUAAUCAGCAAUUGUUUAUAGAGCGUAAUGUGAGUUUUAUGAGGUUUUUCUAAUAUCUCAGUACAAUAAUUAUGCUUGAUUUAGUGAAAUCGCAUGUAUUAGGGAAUUCAAGCUUUUUAUGUUGCUUUGUAUUUGUUUUAAAAGACUUACCAGGUUUAAGUUCUGCCCUGAUCAGGGCAAAAUACUCUCCUUAGCCUUCCAGUGAUGUAUGUAUCUUACUGAAUGAUCUCUCAAUAGUAGUGAAGUAUACUUUCUAUGCAGUUUUAUGUUUGUAUAUAAUUAUAGUUUUAUUUGAACGCUGUUUUCCUUGCCUAAAUACUCAGGGUUUUCUGGUUGUGUUGUAAUUAGUUUGGUAUUUGGAUGUUUAAGUGAAUUUCAUCAUUAUGUUUCAAAAUUUAAUCUGAAAUCUUGUGUGUCAAGACUUGUUUUUAAGUGCUUGAAAGAGCAGUUUCACUAAGCUGAAUCUUUGAUAUUCAUCUAAGGUACAAUAUCAGAUACACAUUAGGUUACAAACGGGUCUUUUCCCUCCCUUGAAUUUCCUCCAUAUAACAUUUUCCAGAACAUAUGGUUCGAAUCUCUCUACCAUAAUAAAAGUGAUGGGGGGGUGGGAACUCACUUCAAAUUAUUAGCUAUAGAGAAAUUUUAAUUUGCAACCAUGAAAUUCUUUCUUAGAAUGAGAGUAUUGUUAUACCAUACUAUUUCUCAUAUUGUACUACAUUUUUAUUUGGUAGUGGAUUUUUUUUAUCAUGUUUGUUGCAAAAUAACCUCAUCAUGUCAUGAGACAAUUGAACAACAUGGGACUCAAAGCAGUGACAACUAGUCUAGCUCAGCUUUAGAGAUGAGAAUUCAAGGUAAACUUAUAUCCCAUAUACUUUUUUCUUCAGAGUAAUAGCAUAACAAAAAUUUGAAUUGAUUAUUUUAAACUAUAGAAUCUUCAUCAGUUAAUGUUCCAUUACAAAAUUUAUCUUUCCUUGGAAGCCAAAGCCAUCACAGCAUCUGCAUUGCACAUUAUAUAUGAGACUGUAUCGAGGAUUUUCAUUUUCUUCAAAUGUCCUGCACUUUCAUAAGAAAUGUUAUUAUUGAAGAACUUUAUCUAUCACAGUUUCUGAUUGCUCUAAAGUUUUUCUCGUAACAGAUGGCUCUUAACAGUACUUUUGUCUGUGGUUUAACAUCCAGCUAUCACACACAAUGCAGUUUGAAGUAUGUAUGGAACGUUUAUAGUAAGCAUUAGAGGGAGGUGUAAUAAGUCUAGUAAAAAUUUUGGAAGUGAAGUGAAAUCAUUUGUCCAUUUGUGUGCGUGUGUGUUUGUGCAUGUAAUCGUAUUGUGUCAUACUUAAUACAGUUAAAUUUGUAUUACCAAAGCAGAAAACCAUUUUCCCUCUCUUCUUAUUGUACAAACUCAUCGUAGCCAUUCAGAAUUUCUCUGUGCCAAAGUGCCAUAUCUUGUACACCCUGAUAUAGAAUUUAAGUAUUCUUAACCUGAGCACUAGAUGAAAAUGAAUAAUAGCUUUCAUAGUGAAGCAGCUUUUACUUCCAAGAGGGAGAGUCCCUGGUCCUUAUGGCACUCAAGGCUGGGCGGUCCCUGAGCAGGGUGUUAUGAGAAAAUUUCUGUUUUCCUAUUGGAAAUAAAUACCUGGCUGUCCAGUCCAGACUGAGCUGUCAGUGCUGUGAUGGUCAGUUCUUAAGAGCAAAUUGCCUUAAUCAGCAAACUACUUAUAUUCAUGAGAUGCCAGAUUCAGCCAGAACAUGAUCAACCCUGAUUAAGAUUUGCUAUGGUAGUCACUUCAGGCAGUUGUUGGGACAGUACUUGACAUGGGUCAUGGCUGCUUUCUCCCCAGUCCAUUUUUUUUUUUUUGAGUUCAACAAAGAGUCAUCCCCUUAUUUCCUUCAGCUUUAAAUACCUGCUACAGUUGAUACAUCCUUAUUUUGUGAACCUGUGAUCUAUCCAUCCACAAUCAAUCCUCAGUGGGAGUAAAUUAAAUUUUUGAAGGUAGCUUCAGUAUUGGAAUGGGCAUAAUUGAAACCAUGAACUUCAGAAGCAAGCCUGUUAUUAAAUGUGUGAAUACUUUUAUGCUAGUUUGUAUAUAGCAUAUUUUACUGAUUUUAUUUGAUAUGUGAUGUGAUGACAUAUUGGCUUCCAUCUUUUUUGAAAUUCUGUAUACUGCAUGAUCUUGAAUAUGGUUUAAACAACAUCAAGUUUGUACACAGUCAUACAAUUCAUGCAUCUUUCACCUCCCAGUCACGGUAAUUUGGAUAUUUCCACUAUUUUCUUAUACAUUGUGGCUUCUACUAAUAAUGCAAUCCUUUGUUUCUGACAUACCUCAUUUUCUGUACCUUGUACAGUUAGGUUAUUGGUGUAUGUGUACCAACUGAGUACCAAAAAAUAAUAUUUUUGGUAUGGAAACUGAAACUGCUUGGAGCCAUGAUACUUUCCAGUAUGUCAGGAACAAGAAAUGUGGAGUGGAUUCAUCAGACACGAGGGGGUCCGCCAACAAAUCAUGAGCAUGAUAAAGAACCUUCUCUUAAAUUAAGAUUACUUUCUGCUUGAAUGUUAUGCCAUGUGUUCCAGUGUAAGCUCACGAAUGUUUCUGAGGAACGUUGGUGAAUUUCUGCUGGGCUACAAAGCAUUACAUCCCAGAAGAUUGUGCUCUUCAUAAUCACUACUAUGAGAAUCUCAAGUGCAACUAUUCUUAAAUUGUUGCAUCCUGCUUUACUUUUAGAUGAAUCAAAUCUCUGCAGUCAACACAAUGUGUAUAGUUCACUAGUAGGCUACAUGUUUUGGUGUGAAAACAACACCUUCAUGCUACAGUACUGCCUAAAAUGGUAACAGAAUAAUGGCAAUUACUUCAAACAUGACUUUUACACUUUCAUUCAUAUUUCAUUUCAUCAGUAAUUUGUCAUAUGACAGGUCCACAGUCUCUUCCAAAACAGUUCCUCCACU